GCCAUUAAAGAAAUGGGUUUUCUCCUUUUCUCCCUGGGGCCUGUUUUUUCUUCAAAAUUUUGAAUUGAACCAGGUCGCCCUUCUGAUUCGAUUAUCAUUUUCUUGGAGAUUUAGCCUUUAGGGAGGGAGAGUUACCGUUUCUUGGUUGUCAUCAUUUUUUCUUCAAAAAUAUCAUAUUUCAUUAGGAUCUUCUUUUCUUUUUGAAGUUUCCUGGGUGAUUCUUCUUCUCCUUCUUCUUGUAGUUGUUGUUCUAGUCAGAUUGUUGUUGUUGUUGUAUCAGAUGCGUGAUAGGCAUUUUCUGUCUCAUCUCUUCUUUUUCCAGGUGUUGUAGGUUGCAGUGUGGUUGCUAUGGCUGAGGGUGGGGGGGUAUCAUCAAAAGUUGAUAUAGCUUCUUUGAAAGAAACACUUUGUGCACAGCAAAAGCUUCUCCAGAGUCUUUACAGUGAAUUAGAUGUGGAAAGAGAAGCCUCGGCUAGCGCAGCUAGCGAGGCGUUGUCCAUGAUAUUGCGUCUCCAGGGGGAGAAGGCGACGGUGCAGAUGGAGGCGGAGCAAUACAAGAGGUUGGCGGAGGAAAAGAUGUGCCAUGCUGAGGAAGCGUUGGCGAUUUUUGAAGACCUUAUCUUUCAGAAGGAAAUGGAGAUAGCUGCACUAGAUUAUCAGGUGCAGGCUUAUAAGUACAAGCUGAUGAGCAUGGGUUGUGCUGAUCCCGGGGGCACUGAAAUCAAAUUUCCAGAACAUUUGUUGCAGUUGAACGAGACUGUGAUGGGAGAUGGGGGUCUUCAAAGCCUCUCGAGGAGGAAUUCUUUUCCGGUGUUUCCUCUCAAGUUAAGGAGGAGUGUUAAUGGAACGGAGAACUCUGCUAGCCCCGAGGUUGAGUUUAGCUCAAAGUUAGUCGAUGAGCGUGAGCAGAUAUGCCACGAGAUGAUGAUGAUGAACGAGCCUAGUUCAGAUGUGGAGAAAAAGACCGAGACCUCUGCUGCAGGAGGCAUCAAUUCAUACUGGGAACAGAUUAGAAAAUUAGACGAACGAGUGAAAUUGAUAGCCGGAGUUGGAUUUGGAGCUGCUGGUCACACUAAUUUGAGGCGUGACACGAGGUCUCCCUCACCAUUCUCCUCUCGAAGAGGCUCUACCUUUGAUCUAGCAAGAUUAGGGGGCGGAGGCGAUGUGGAUCAAAGUAGUAAGUUUCCUGGAAGUACUUCGGAAAAUGAAAACAAUACAGAUUUCCCUUGCUCCCCGAAUGUCCUUGAUGUUUUUGAAGUUCCUCAAACCGAUGAUAAGGAUACCAUAGAUGAAAUCCCAAUGCCGCCUAUCAAAAAUGAGGGGAAGAGGACUUCGCAGCAGGAUUGCGAUAGGAGGCUUGAAAAACCCGAUUCUUUCCCAAAGGAAUCUUUAAAUUUAUCCGAGAAAGACAGAAGGGAUUUGCUCAAGAGACUGCUGGCAUUUCCUCCACACCAAGAGAACAAUUCACGAAGACUAAGCCAAGAAAGCUCAGCUACUGUUAGCAUAAAUUUGGAAAACGUUCAGCCCACAACAGCAAGCGUUAACGCUGAUGAUUCACAAACGGAGGAGCUGCUUCCUCAGCCCGAUAGGCCAUCUGAGAUAAUCGAGGCCAGGAGAGAAUCAUCAUCGUCAUCAUCAUCAUCAUCAUCCUCUGAUAGAGAAGUAGUAAUGCUGAACUUGUUACGUGAGAUCAAAGAGCAACUUAAUUCGUUGCACACCGAGGUUACUAAUUUGAAAACCAAGAAGUCAUCUCCAUCUGAAGCAGACGAGCUAGCCCUAGUUUCUCUCAAGGAGGCAAUGUUUUACUUUUGGCUCUGAUAGAGUGAGCUAAAACCGCCCACUAGCUGCCACCGCCAAAGCAGAUGGAUCGCUGGACAAGCCAUAGAAACGGGUUGCUGGUUUUUGAGGUUGCCGGGUAGGCUGCUAUCAUGUAUGUUCAUCACAAUGACUCUCUUCUCUCUAUAUUAAUAGGGGCAGCAUGUAUAUGAUGUAAAGCCUGUGUGCCCAAUUUUUUUAUUUUUUUUUUGACCUAAUGGAAGAGUGUAAGCAUCCCUUCUUUAUUUGUUUUUUAUUAUCUAACAAGUCCUGUGAAAGUAUGAUCAGGAACUUGAAUUGCUGUCUGUCAAUGGGUUGAGUGUAUGUAUUGUUUUUGGAUAGAAGGAAGGAAGCUUUUACUCCUCCACUAUGAAGAUUAUUGUCAGAUUACAUAUAAUGUAAAAACUUAACUAUAUAUUCUUCAUUAACUAGCAAUAUACCCACUACUGUAGUUUCUGUAAACAAGAAUAUAUUUUGUGUAUAACAAGAGUGGGUAAUUAAUUCGUGGUUCAUCUGCACAAUUCACAAAUACUGUUGUGAAUAACUUUUGAGACUUUUCCUGGGUGUUUGGUACAAUGUAAUUGUAAUUUCUUCUAUGUUCA